GGUGCACCAGGCUAGGUUAGCACACAGCUGCUACAUCCGGGCGCUCUGCUCGGUUUACAAGCCCUGCGAAGAUGGCGACUUCAGGGAGGAGUGCAUUAUUAUCCUCCACCUCAACUGGACCUAAGAGCGCGCUGGAGAACUCCAACCCAGAGGAGGAUGACGGACAGGACUUAUGGUCCACCAUCCUGAGUGAAGUGUCAACCCAUUCAAGGUCUAAACUACCGUCUGGGAAAAAUGUCCUGGUCAUGGGUGAGGUGGGUUCGGGGAAAACCACCUUGGUUGCAAAGCUACAAGGGGUUGAAGAGUUCAUGAAAGGGCGUGGCCUGGAAUACCUUUACUUCAGUGUCCAUGACGACGACAUUGAUGACCACACCAGGUGUAAUGCCUGGGUAUUAGACGGAGACCUUUACCACAAAGGUCUGCAGGGAGUAGCUGUGCCAGUGGACUCGAUCAGUAACACGUUGCUGCUGAUAACGGUCGACAUGUCGCGGCCAUGGAACGCCCUGGACUCUCUCCAGAAGUGGGCCGCCGUCGCUAGGGAACACAUCGACAAACUCCGGGUCGCCCCGGAAACGCUGCGGGAGCUGGAGCACAGACUUGUAAAACAGUUCCAGGAGUACACAGAGCCAGGCAGUGGGGAGGAUGGCACCCCGCAGAGGAGGAGUGAAGACGAGGAGAGCGUGCUGUUGCCCUUAGGAGACAACACACUCACACACAACCUGGGAAUACCAGUGGUGGUCGUCUGCACCAAGUGCGACGCCAUCAGCACAUUGGAGAAGGAGCACGACUACAGAGACGAACACCUGGACUUCAUCCAGUCUCACAUCAGACAUUUCUGUCUGCAGUACGGGGCGUCUCUGCUUUACACAUCAGUGAAGGAGAUGAAAAACCUGGAUAUCCUGUACAAAUAUCUGGUCCACAGACUCUACGGUUUUCCCUUCCACUGCCCGGCACAAGUGGUGGAAAGAGAUGCCGUCUUCAUUCCAUCAGGUUGGGACAAUGAGAAGAAGAUCGCCAUACUUCACGAGAACUUCCAGACAGUAAAAUCAGACGACAGCUUCGAGGAAGUAAUAGUCAAACCGCCAGUCAGAAAGAUUGUACACGAAAAGGAGAUUCAGGCAGAAGAUGACCAAGUGUUUCUGGUAAAACUGCAGUCGCUGCUCGCCAAACAACCCGCUGUGACAGCAGGGCGACCAGUGGACACCACCAGUAGAGCGCCCACCGGCUCCCCUAGGACGAGUAAUCGCUCAGCUGCGGCUAACGUAGCAAACGCCAUGCCACAGUCGGGUCAGACCAGUGAGGGUGUGUUGGCCAACUUUUUCAACAGUCUACUGACAAAGAAAGCUGGGACAGGGAGCCCCGGGACGCCAGGUGGUGGUAACAACACUCCGGGAACAGUACGCAAGUCAGACUUGAACAUAACACAUGGUUCGAAGCUGGGCCUGAGCGACGUACAGGCGGAGCUGGACCGCAUAUCCAGCCGGGAGACUGACUCAGACUUGCCCAAUGCCAACGACACCCCUGCCACUGACGGCCAGGACACAUGAAGACCAACACACUUUUCAUCCUGCUCCCUACCCGCCUUCCACCUCCCUCGUCCACCCUACCUUCACUCUCACCCUCCACUUCAUCUCAAAGAUGCGGGGAGAAAAACGCACACGGUUUCCCCUCCCUGUCAUCUUUAACUCCCUCCUCAAGGAGAGGAGCUCACCCUCUCUUCCCCUACCCCUUUUCCCACACCUCGUUCUCCUCUCCCCCCCUCUCUCUUUCUCUCUUUCUCUUCUCCUCCUGGCUGUUGCUCUGAUGGCGAGUAUUUGUCACUGUUACAUACAAGACUGUCUGUUACAUGAGAGUCGAUGGGAAUGGGGUACCGAUGGUGGUGUGGAGGUUGGGGUGAGAGGUGGGUUGAAAAAGAUUGAUUACAGGAAUGAAAGCGAGAGUGUGUUAUCCAUCCAUUCCUUGUGAUGGUACAGUUGGUGUUUUUUACUGUAGGAACUGCUAAAGGGUGCAUGUUGAGGAAACUGCACUUAGGGUACGAUAUAGGGAUGACUGUGUGUGAGUUGAAUGUGUGUGGGGCAAGUCACGCUUGGCCAGAGGAAGAGAUUGAGAACAAAAAUACAAAAAAAAAAUGCCUGAAACAAAAUUGCAAACAAUCUUGUUUUUUAACAUGAAGGGACAUAACAUACCAGUAUUUGUGUGUGUGCGCGACUGUGUGUGUGUGUGUGUGUGUGUGUGUGUGUGUGUGUGUGUGUGUGUGUGUGUGUGUGUGUG